UUAGCUGUCGUCUAGAUCAACAAGCCACUAUUUUGGAAGCAGUUUGAUAAACACUCGCUGUUCUUCAGUUCAUGUCAGUCGCUAUCUGCGUUUCCAGCGAGACGUAUCACGCGUGAUCAGCGAUAAACCAGCACAAAACUAGCCAGCCACAUAGCCCUGAACCGUUAAGGUUGGAUAGCGUCGUCGGUUGAACUUUAAGACAGCUAGCUUGUUUUUAUUCCUCCAUCCAUUUCACUUCGGACAAGUCUGUGAAAACUGACCAAGCCAACGUUCCUUUUUUUUUUUUUUUUUUUUUUUAAUUUUUAAUUGGUUGAAAAUUUACGACAUACAAUCGAGCUGGCGACAACUUUUAUCGUUAUUUUUUAACAAGUUGUGACGGGAGCUAACGAUAUCCAACUUAUUGUUAUUAUUAUUAUUAUUUGCCAAACAGAAUAUUUGAGUUGUUUUUAUAUGUGAAGAAGCCCUUCGUGUUGGGGUUCACAACAAGUCGCCUUUUUUCGAAGAACUACCCUAGAAAACAGUCGAUAUUUAGCAUAAUUUAGUUUUAAAAGGAGGCAAAAGCAACCUUUGCUGUUAAAGAAGUGUUGACGUCUGCCUUGACCAGCCAGCUAAUGCCAAACCCCUAGCUUUACCUGAACCAUUUUAACAAUCAAGAAGGAAGGAACUGGUGUGUUUUUUAAACCGAUUGGUGCUGUAAAGUAAUCUCGACCUUUAACUUUUAAAUAGCUCGUUUGAUACAUCGCAGGAGUAACUCUUUAACGUUACCUCUCGCCUUAAAAAUAACCACCGGCAGCAACGCAAGCCGCCUGAGUGUUAGAAGAGGACCGUACCUGAGGCAGGUUGUGUACAGCCACAGAAUCCCUCAUCGGAUUGUUACAUUAUCAGUGUUAUUGUUGAAAAUGGCGGCGAUCGGAAUGGUGCAGAUGUUGAUCGAAGCAGCCGAGUUCCUUGAUCGCAGGGAACGAGAAGCUGAACACGGCUAUGCCUCCAUGCCACCCUUCAUCAGCAGCCAAGAGAGGGAAAGCUUGAAAAGGAAAAGCAAAAGCAAGAAAAACAUAAGUAGCAGGUCUACGCACAAUGAAAUGGAAAAGAACAGACGAGCACAUCUACGGUUGUGUUUAGAGCGCUUGAAAUCCCUCGUUCCCCUGGGACCAGAUGCUAACAGGCACACCACCCUCAGCCUGCUGAUGAAGGCCAAAGAUCACAUCAAGAGGUUGGAGGAGAGUGACAGGAGAGCUCAACACACCUUAGAGCAGCUACAACGGGAGCGGAGACACCUGAGGAGGCGUCUGGAGCAGCUGGGGGUGGAGAGGACCCGCAUGGACAGCACCGGGUCCACUCAGUCCUCGGACAAGUCCGAUUCCGACCAGGAGGACCUGGAUGUGGACGUGGAGGGGACGGACUACCUGCUGGGUGACCUGGAGUGGAGCACCAGCAGUGUGAGUGACUCAGGGGACGAGCGAGGCAGCCUGCGCAGCAGCUGUAGUGACGAGGGCUACUCCAGCGCCAGCCUGCAGCGCCUGCAGGACACUCAGGAGAGGGCCAAGCAGCUGGGCUGCAGCCUAUAAACAGCACUGCUCAUUUACCCAACUCCCACCUCCUCCUCUUAUCCAGUCCCAUCCCACAAUUGUGUCCCCACUCCCUGAUCCUGCUCAGAGCCCACACCCACGCCCUGCCUCCCACCCACUCCCUACCUUCCCGGGCUGACCAAGUCUGAGGCAUUUCCUUGGCCUCUGUGGACUUUAUGUCCUGUCACUGACUUCCAUUCAGACUGCAACACCUUCGAGACACCCACCCACAUGCAGCACAUCAUCAGCGGUCAGUCUUUAGGGUGUCCCCACUCUGCUCUGCACCAAUCAAAUGAGUGGGAUUUUAAAGACACUCCAGCCACCCCUCUGUUCCUCCGUCCAUCAGAAACACAAUUUUCAGCCAGAGAAUGUUACCACACAAUAUCCCACUGCCUCUUUUUUCUAUGCCUCAAGAGCCAUGGGAAGCACUUACGAGAUUUCAUUCUUACUUCACACACACAUGCAUAUACACGGACACACACACAGCCCUCCAUCGCUCCUAGUUGUUCAAUGAGACAGAGUCCUCCCAAAGGUGUGACACAGAUGAGGGGCUUUUUUAGCGCCCUGCUCACCAGUAAAACAUCUGUGCAUGGGAUUUUGCACUUAAAAUUGCUUUUGUAAACAAAACUGUGUCAUCUUUUUCAAACACUGUCUCUAAAACUUAAAGGCCCCUAGGACAGGUUUUGUAGUAAUGUUACCAGAUAAAGUUGUCAAUCAUCUAAUGAGUGUUUAGGAAGGGAAAGAUGUGAUUUUUGCUUGUGUGAUACAGCACAGGGAAGUUUGUGGACACUAAGCUAGACUGUUUUGUGGUGUUUAACUGUCAGGGCCGACAGCAAUACAUCCCUUAGUACCCAGGCUUGAAAGCCAGGCUCUUAAUUACCCUGUAAUUUUAUGUCCACACCUGCUAUUCUGAGGAAAAAGUAACAAAAAAACAAACAAAAAAUAAUUGUGCAGCAUGAGAUUGUGAAGGGGCUGGGGGAUAUGGGAGGUUUUUGCGGGUGGGUUUGAUGUUUUCUGCCUCUCUCUGAUGACUGUGGCGUUUUUACAUCAUCCUUUUAUCAUAUGUGUGUAUGUCGUUGGUCACGUAUGAACCUGGCGACAACAGGGGUCACUUGAUUGUUAAAUGUACAGCAGCCAUCAGGCCAAAUGCUGGUAUAUUUUGGCAGGUGCUGGUACAUUUCUGUACACUACUUCACUGCCCCCGUUCACCAGGUUAUUAUUGGAAGGGAAGAGCUUAUCUACUGAGAGCAGUCGAAAGACUGAGCACAUUCCACUAUGUCGAGGGGACAGGCAGGUGAGACUGAGAGCAUUAUUUUUUUGCACGUGGAUGCUCCUGCCAAUUAUUUAUGAAGGGGUUUUAGUUUGGUACAGACGGGUUAGCAUGGAAUAAACAACUGGCUUUGAAUUUUCAGAGGGAACAUGGACAUGGACAUCCAGAACCUUCGUCUGUGUGUUUGCGUCUGAAAAGCACCGAAAUGUUAAAACCACAGAUUUUCCCUCAUUUGCCUUGCCUUUAUAUCUAUUUAUUGUUUCAGCAAAAAAGAACCUUUUGAUGUAAAUAGUUUACAGAAAGAUCUCUAUGUCUAUCAAGAAAUGUAUUUAUUAGCUACACUAAAUAUAUAGAAAAAGUAUAUAUAUUUAAUUAGUCAUAGCCUAUGUUCUUGUGAGGUUUGAGAGUUUCCAAUGUGUAGUUUGUUUGCACAGCCUAGUCAAUCCUUAGAAUACUUUAGACCUGUCUCUUGUGCCUCAAGGCUUUUGUGUCUGUUCAGAAUUCGACACGGUGCUCCUAGAAAAAUGAAAUGUUUUCUUUGUGGUUGAUUACAUUUUUUAGCUGUUUUCAAAGCCAUCCUGCCCUGAACUGGGGGAAUAAUAGGACAAAAAAAUCUAAAUAAUCUAUGAAAAUGUGAAUUAAAAAGUAUAAAAGUGAGACGAGCAGGUGUUGUGGUGGAGAAGGGGAGGUUCCUCCGGCAAAGCUUUUUGGCACCUCAGAAACAAAUGGUGACACCUCCCCAUGAGAUUUUAGUAUCAUCGGAUAAUGUAUAACACACAUUACAAGGCAGGAGGAGGUUUUCAGCUUUUUGAAUGUAAAUGUUCUCAAUUCUGUAGUGAAACUAAAGCCAAAGGAAGCUCCUGCUCCUGCAUCCGUCACCUGUGAGCUCAGAUAAAGCAUGAAGAUGGUACACCAAAAAAAAGAAAAAUCUGAAAAAAAAAUAUUAUAUAAAUUAUAUAUAUAUAUAUAUAUAUAUAUAUAUAUAUAUAUAUAUACAUAUAGGAUUGUUUAGUCUUUUAGUGUGGAUUGCUGCUUUUUUGUCAAAGUCAAACCUUUUCAGAUGGAGAACUGUGUAGCCACACUAGAAGGGGAAAUGUAUUAAAAGUGUAUGUGAGUGGGCAGGUGUGUUCACUGAAAUACCGUCUGUCAACGUGUGCAUGAGUGUAUAUGAGUGUGAGAGUGUUUAUUUCGUCACUGUCCUCAGAGAGAAAUUUUUCGGGGUGGUUUAGGGUGGGUGGUUUGGAGAAAAAAACAAUUUGUAAAGCUAUGUUUCUGUUCUGGUUUUUCUGUUCAGUUGUUUACUAGUAAAAUGCAAAAAAAAAAGUCCACUUGACAAAGACUUCAUGUAUUAACCUAAGCAUUAAUGUUUGUCUAGGGGAGUCCUGUCUCCUCUGUAUUCUCCAUCCAUGACCUGUUACGCGCCAAACUGCAUGUAUGUGUAUGUGUGUGUUUUCCUACAUACGUGCAUGUGUUUGCACAUGCGCGUAUGUGGGAGUGUGACUCCCUCCUCCACGUGCUGCGUUGGCAUCCAUGGUGCAGGCGAGGCGGAUGUAGUGGGAAGGGGGUGCAGUGUUAAGUGUCUAUGAUGCAUAGACGCUUAUGUCCCCACCCCACCCCCCACCACCUUCUUCCCCCUCUACAAAGACCCUGGUGCUCUCAGCAUCUGCCUUAGGAAGCAGGUGUGGAAUCUCUCAAAGAACAAGACUACAGUCCGACCAGUUGUUUAAGCUACAGGUUUCAGCAUCAGGGGAUCUCAUGUUCUCAUGUCUUUAUUUGGUUUGCACAUUUUGUCCCUGCAUACAAAGUGGCUAAUAAUGCCUUAAAACAGACACAAAUGUAAGACCUAACAAAAGUAUAUAUGUAUGAGUGUAUAUGAUAUAUCGAAAUGUAUCACAAAGGUCAUUCCUUUUCAUUGUGACGGUCUCAGGCGUGGUGCUUUCAUGCAUUACAGUUACACACACUUCAACACAGACACACCGCAUCAUAGCUCCAUGAACAUCUUUGUCGCCUGCUGCCUUUCUCGUCAGAAAGGUCAAAAUGUCUCUUUGUUGAUCAGUAAUAACUAAAGGUGGACGUUUUGUGCACUUACUUUUUAAGAAUUGGAGAAUUUGGACCGUGUCUUCUAAAGAAAUCACUUCAGAUGUGGGUAACCCUUUGAAAAUGAAAUGUAGAAUGCAAGGGAGAAUGCAAUUUAUAUUUGCCAGUGAUAUUAAAGGAAUAAAACAUUUGAAACCCUUGUUUACCUACCUA